AUGGAAGGCAUAAUAAUAGCUCAUGAAGCUAUCCAUACAAUAAGAAAAGCAAAGGUGGAGCGGAUGUUAAUCAAAUUGGAUAUCAGGAAAGCUUAUGAUAUGGUGGAUCGGGAUUUCCUUUUCCAAGUUUUGGAAAGGUUUGGUUUCUCCUCUCAUUGGAUUAGCUGGGUGAAGGCGUGUAUUGAUGGAUCGUGGAUAUCUGUAUUUGUUAAUGGGAGCCCGCAAGGCUUUUUCCAGUCAUCCAGAGGUUUGCGGCCAACUAAUCCUCUCUCUCCCUUCCUCUUUAUUCUAUUGGCAGAGGUUUUGGGAAGAUUUAUUCAGCAUUUGGGAAGCGAAGACAAGUGGAAAGGUGUUCUUGUUGCGGCUAGUGUCGAAGCGGUCACUCAUCAGCAAUUUACAGAUGCCGCAAUACUUUUUGGGGAUGCUUCGUUUAGGGAAGCCUGCAUCAUAAAAAAAACUCUUGAUGUUUUUUUGUGA